AUGGAAUUCGUCUCGCGGCGACGGCGCAACGGCAUCCGCAGCACGUUCGCUCGCGGCGGCCGUCACAGCCGCAGUGAUUGCGGCGUGCGGAGUCGAGCCGCAACAGCUGCUGUGCGCGCUUUUGGACGAGGUGGGGAAUGUGUGACACCAUGUGUGUUAUCUCAACACGUGGAGCCUGUUUCUCAAGAUGCUCGGGAAGCAGGGUUUAAGGUAGAGGAUGAAAGAGAGGAGAAAUUGCGUGAGAGGGAGGGUGGGUCGGGUGCGGCGGAGGACGGGAAGGGGCUGACGCGGGCGUUUGUUGCAUGCCAGCUGUUGCAGGGGCUGCCACAAGGUGAGGAGGGGGGUGAGGAGGGAGGUGAGGAGGGAGGUGAGGAGGGAAGUGAGGAGGGAGGUGAGGAGGGAAGUGAGGAGGGAGGGGAGGAGAGAGGGGAGGAGGGAGGUAGAGAAGGAGGUGAGGAGGGAGGGGAGGAGGGAGAUAGAGGGAUGCUUGGAGCCCAACAGGCGGCCCACCUGCACGCACUCAUAUGCCGGUGCGUGCUGCCAUCGCUCCAACACCACCAUUACCAGCAGCAGCAGCAGCAGCAGCAGCAGCAGCAACAGCAGCAGUCACAAUCUGAUAGGAGCAGCAGCCAUGGGGCAGCAGAGGAGGAGGAGGAGGCAUGUGGAAAGCAGUCUGCGUCUACAGAGUCCUUUCAGGCACUGAUAGAGUCAUGUGUGGCCUGUCUAAUCAAUGGCGCGCACUGGGACUUCGCCCUGCAAGCCGUCCUCCCCGCCUGCCUCUCUCCCUUCCACCUGCCGCACUCCCAUCAGCACCCAGCGUCCACAACACCCAAACCAGCUGCAACUUCUUCCUCCUCUUCCGCCUUUUCAAGGGAUUUGUUCCCUCUGGGCCGCCCCCUGCUGCCUCACUGUGCAUGCGCCCAGGCCCUCAGCCUCCCUCCCUCCCUUGCCGCCACUCUCCUCUCCCGCUUCCUCUCCUCCCUCUCCUCCCUCUCCUCCCGCUCCUCCCACUCCACCCUUGUACCAGCACCGCCAACCCCAACCCAGACCACAGACGCAGCAGCUGCAGCAGCCUCGCCUCUCCCACUCAGCACGUCGCAUUCUCAAGCCCUCCCUUCCACUCAACAGCCACCCUUGACUCCUCUUCGAGCCCUGCAGCGUGCUGUCACAGCCACCCUCUCCGCAUCUCUCCCCUUCAUCCUCCUCGCGUCUUCAUCCUCCUCCUCCACGCCCUCCUCUGCGUCCCUCUCUGCCUUGCGUGCCACGGCUCUGGACCGCCUUCUGCCUGCUGCAGUCGAUGCACUAGUAUGGGUGGAUUACCCGCAGCAGCAGGAUGAUUGUGGGCAGCUGGGGGGAGGUGCUGAGGAUGCAUGGCAUGAGUGGAGGGAAAGCAGCCUCCUCGUCCUGUUCAAUCGCCUGCUCCUCCCGCCCAUACUCCUCCCACCCGCCCCAAUCCACCACGGCUCGCCGCUACCUCGCCCGUCGCACCGCUUCGACCUGCGCCAGCAGCCGCACCUGUGGGCGCUGCUACGGCUAGGCCUGGUGUCAAAGGACGGCCUCACUCACAAGCGAGCCUCCUUCCUCCUCCAAGCAGCCGUCCCUGCUUGCGACCCCAUUCGCCGGAUGUUGCAGCAGCUCAGGCACGCACUAACUGGGCCCGGAAAGGGGGUAGAGGAACCAGGGGCGGCUCGCAGGGGGAAAGGCAAGGGGAAGGGGAAGGGGAAAGGGGGAAAGGGGAAGGGGAAGGGGGGAACGGAGAGUGGGAAGGGCGGGGAAAAGGCACGGGGAAGGGGGGAUGGGCAGAGCAUGAAAAGGGAGCGGUGGGCGAAGGAGGAGGUGAUAGGGAUCAUGCAUGAUGGGAAGGGCGGCAGUGCUGCUACUGAAGAGGCAGAGAAGGGUGAAGAGAGGGAUGCGGAUGAAGAUGGGACAGGGCAUGGGGCCGAGAGUGACACACAGCAAGGCCAGCAGCAGCAGCAGCAGCAGCGGCAGGUGGAGGAAGGGCCGGAGGGUGCAGAAGAAGCAGUGGAAGAACAGGAGCGAAAGGAGAGGCAGUGGGAGGAGCAGGCCAGGGUGGUAGCAGAGGAGUUGGAAGAGGUACUGAGGAGGAGUGAGCGGUGGGAGGCGCUGAGCCUGGUGCUCAACACUCUGGACGAAUUCGGAGUGCAUCUGUCAGAAGCUGUGUGGGACCCACAGAUGUCCUUCCUGCUCUCCUCCACUGCAGUUUCAUCAACCCCUUCGCAUCAUUCCAGCACCGGUACCAGCACCAGCACUGGCACUGCUGCUGCUGCUGCGCCUGCUACUGCAGUGGAUGCAUUAUCUCCUCCUCUGUCGUCCUGGGGGACUGCUGUGCCCGAUGUGGACCUACCCUUUAUCUUUCGCCGGCUGGUCAUGGCGUCUUUCCUCCGCUGCUUUGGAUGCGAUGUCCACUCGUCUCCUGCUGCAUCCAAGCACACGGCUCAGCAAGGCGCAGAGGCAGAGGCAGGGGCAGAGGCAGACUUGGACGCGCUUCUGCCCAUUGAAACAGCAGAAAUUGGAAGAGGAAUCACCAAAGGAGAUGGAGGGAAGCAGCAGCAGGAGCAGCAGCAGUGGGAUGUGGGGCGGUUACCACUGACAUUCCUGCUGGAUGUCUUCCUGCCUGCUCUCGAUAACCCCUCUUGCCAUCCAGAUUUCGGCAUCAGGGAUCGAUACUCGUCCACAGUUGCUGAAGCAGCCGCAUGCGUCUUUGCCCAACUCUCGGCCUCUCUCCCAGCCCGAGCUCGUCCGCUCCUCCUGCAGCGCCUGCUGUCCAGCAUGAUUGGCAUCAUGCCCGGACGCAUAGGCCACAUGACAUGCGCCAUGUGUAUCCAUGCUGCCGCUGCGCCCUCUAGCUUCCUCACUACCAGACACAUGGUACAAGGCACUGCAGAGACAGGAGAAGGGGGCGGGGGGGUGAAGGGGAAGGAGGGGACGGUUGGGGAGGAGGCGUUAUCACAGGACAAAUUGGGUUACUUGGAAGGUUUGGUGGGGUGUUUGGAGAAGGGGAGGACGGGCGAGGGGACAGAGCUGGAGGUGCAGUUGGCGCUGCUGUUCUGUCAAGUGCUGGAGAUGGCUCGGCGGCACUUCAACCCUGCGUUCCGGCUGAAAGUAUCCACGCACGUGUUUGCAGCAGUGACAGCAUCGGUAUCAGCCUCGCACCUCUCCACGCCUCUCCUCCUCCGCCUCCUCUGCAUCCUGCCCCACCAAGGCUUGCUCUCCACAGCAUCUGUGCGAUCAACCAUUGUGAGCUGGCUGCACACACCGCAACCAUCCACCCACGUGCACAGCACCCACCCGACACAAACCGGCACUGCCAGUAUCACCACUGCUAGCGAUGUUACCAGCGCCACCACCACCAGCAGUGUUCCCACCAGUACCAGUAGUGCUGCCUCUUCUGGAAGCCCCUCUUUCAACGGACUGUCUGAACCUUUGCUGACGGAACCGCAGCCAAAUUCCAGCUGCCACCUGGCACAGCGGCUAAUCACUGCACUGCGCUUCUUUGUCCUGGGGAAGACUGCUGGUGAGGAGGAAAAGGAGGAAGCGCUGCUGCUGCUGCUGCAGUCCCAAGAAGAGCUGGGCGGGACAGAAACAGAGGACUAUGGCGGGAGGAAAGGGGAGGAAAGGAGAGGUGGGCAAGGGGAGGAGGUGGAGGAUGAGAGGUUGGUGGAGUUGAUAUCUGACAGUGAUCUGGCGUCGUGGCAUGCUGCCUCUGCUCGCUGCUGUCUCGUGCUGCUAGCCGCCAUGCCGACGCCCCACGUGCUUGCAGCAGCAGGGAAGGAUCUGCAGGGGCUCUUUUCAGAUCUCCUGGCCACUCACAUGCCGCCAGGUGGCAGGCAGAGGCUGCUUGUUCUCCUUCAGGCGCUGCUGGAGCAGUAUGACGUGGCAGAACGCUAUUGGAAGGGCUGUGUGAAAGCUGCUGACAAUAGCACCGCCAGCAGUAUCAACAGCAGCAGCAGCAGCAGCAGCAGCAGCGGCAGUGACUUGAGCAGUAGUGCAUGUGCAAGGCAGAUGAUGGUGGCUUCAAGAAGCGCCUUGCUGGAGCUUCUUUCACUGGUCAUGCCAUCUCUCACUGCUUUGGCCUCCCAAGAUCAGUUCCUCUUCUCCACCCCGGAUCAAUUAGCCUUGUUAGCCACCUCCUCAGCACCUCUACCAGCCGCAGUGCGGGGGAAGCUCGGAGGCCCCACUCUGCGCCGCCUGCCUCUCACCACCGGCGCUGCUGUGCUGCGAGCGGUUAAUCUGGUGCGCUGCUUUGCGGCGGCUGCUAGAUGGGCACACAUGCACAAGCAAGCGGACAUGAGCCUCAUGGGUGCAAGAGAAGAGAAUGGAGCAGGCGUGAGGCUUCAUCCGAGUGACCUGUCGUGGCUUGCGGGAGUGGAGGGGAGCAUUCGUGCGUGGGUGGGGGGUUGUGUCGGGAGCGCUCUGGAGCUGUGUCACAAGAGCAAGUGGCCGCAUACUGAGGUCGAGGCAGAGCUACUGCUGGGCUGUCUGGAGCUGCUGCAACCAGUGUGCCAUUUACUUGCCGUGGGCGCCAUUGCAGCACUGCCAUCACAGCAGCAGCAACAGCAGCCGCUGAAGGAAAGCGAGGAGGGGACGGAAGGAGAAGGAGGAGGGGCAGGAGGCGAGGGGAAAAGAGUGGCAGGACGGGAGAGUGGAGCAGCAGGAGGGGCGGGAGGGGCAGGGAGGUCAGGGGUGCUGGGGUUGUUAGAGGCGGUGGUGGUGGUGGCAGGGGCAGCGGGCAGGAGUGGCGGGGGAGUGGCGCGCAGCAGAAUGGCGCGGCUGCUGGAGGUGAAGUGGGACUGUGUGGACGGACUCCUGUGCGCUGCACUGCUGGUCCAUGCUGCUGGCAACGGCUCGUCGCCAGCAGGGGUGGUGGCUGUGGAGGGUGGGGAGGAGAGGGAGAGGGAGAGGGAGAGGAUGGUUGCGGUACAGCAGGCACUGCUUGAAGAUGCUGCGGAUAGCCUUGAGGGUCUGGAGGAGCAGCAGUUCCUGCCACUCUUCCGCGCCCUCCGCUCCCUCCUCUCCCUGCGCGUGCUCGAUACUUUCCAAUCUGACCCCCAACGAGUCGAGGUCACAUGGCGGCUAGUAACAUCAGCAUGGAGGGCAGUGGAGGAUGGGCAGAAGCGCAGGGUGGCGCCAGUAGCAGCCUUCCUCUCUGCCAUCUUCCACCCGGCCCUCUUCUCCCUGCCGUGCAUGCACUCUUUCGACCCACAACCUGCUGAGGGAGGUGGUAAUGCGGAUGCUUCCAGAGAUGAUGGUAGUGGCGGUGGUAAUGGUGGUGGAGGGGCGGAGGGGGUGGAAGGCCUUGCUUCUUCUGGCAUUGAGCCUCCUCUGCAGUGGAUGGUAGAGCGCCUCAUGACCUUGGCUGAGCGCAGCCCGCGCACCAUGCGCCUCUUCUCCAUGCACUUCACCUCGCUGCUCACCGCCUUCCCCAGCACUGCCUCCUUCUACCUCCCCACUCUCAAGGCACUCACUCUGCACGGCGCUGACGCAGUAGAUGAGGAGUUAGACGGGGAGGUGGCGGAGAGUGCAGUAGCAUCACUCGAGUACUGCCAUUUGGCUAGGAGCCAUGACGCGGAGCUUGCACAUGUGUUCACCAACUCAGAGAUGUUUGCUCGUGUGUGUGUCGCUAUCAUGGCUCACCACUUCGCAUCACUUUACCUCCCACCUGUUGCCACUUCUGCUGCUUCUGCCACUCCACCUGCUCCUGCCACUCCACCUGCUCCUGCCACUUUUGCUCCUGCCACAUCUUCUGACAAGCAUCACGCCAUCCGCAGCUGUCAGCAGCUUCUCAUGCUUCUCCUCGAAUCAGCGGUGACGGAUCAGGAGCUAUCUAAGGAGCUGUACAAGAAGCACAGUGCGAUCCACAGGAGGAAGGUUCGGGUGUGGCAGAUGCUUGCGCUGCUCUCCCCGUUCAUAUCGCAUGACAUGCUGCCGUCUGUCACUGGCCUCUACAGCAGGGCUCUAGAGCACAACAACAUGCCGUCAGUGCGGCAGUAUGUGGAGAUAUUCGGUGUCCUCAUGUUCCUCCGCUUCCCCCACCUGGUUGAGACACACGUACUGAACCAUCUUCAGAACGCCAACCUCAAGACACAGGCACAAGCAUCAUACGUGCUUAUUGCAGCCUGUCUCAUUCUCCACACCAAGGACCCCUCACUACAGCUGCUGCACCUGCACCAGCUGCUGCCUGCCACGCUUCCCUAUGUCACCAGUCACCACCACAACUUACGCACCUUUACCCAGGUGCUGCUGCACCGCGUUCUCAGACGCUUUCCACAGCUAACAGGCAGCGACGGCGGCAACGCAGACAGCAGCAGCAGCAGUGGGAUGCAGAGUGGUUCAAAUGAGGUGCCAUCGUCCAGCAUUGUCAGCGGCAGUAAGGUGUUUCAAGCCAUAUGGACAUAUCUCAACACCAACACGGAUUGUGCUCGGGUGCGUGUGGCUGUUGAUCGCUACUUUGACACCUUCGACCCCGAGGCUGCAGCCACGCCUCGCGGCAUGUUCCUGCGCUCCUUCUUUGAUACCCGGCAGGCGCAACCCGGGAGGACAGCAGCGGAGGUCGCUGGGUCUCAUCCCUUCGAGUGUGCACCCACCGCUGUUCUGGACCGCGUCACAAGCUUCCUCAAUUUCGCCCGGGAGUCACUCCGAGCGGCCAUGGCAGCAGACGCAGCAGCGCUUGGGCUUGGAGGGACUGGCGGCGCUGUGGCAGCAGCUGGGGGCGAGGAAGGAGAGACAGGGGUUGAGGAGGGAGGAGGAGACAGAGGAGGAGGAGGUGGCAUGGACAAUGAUGUUGAUGUGCAAGGAGGUGCACAGAGUGCAGCAGCAGGAGCAGCAGGGGGGGCAGGAGCGGGAGGGCAUGCAGACUUUCAGAGGAAGAAGCGGGUGUUGGAUGCAGGGCAGGGAGGGGCGGGAUCUCAGCAGCAGCAGCAGCUGCUGCAGCAGCAGAGGCAGGGAGUGGAGCCCCAAGCUGCCCUUCUCCAAGCUUUACGCAUGCGGUGGGAGUCAGAGCAGCAGCAGGGCGAGGAGGCACAGGAGGAAGCACUGCUGCGAGGCCACGUGGAGGGCAGGGAGGGGCUGCUGCAGGCCGCCACAGGCACUCGCCAGGACAUCAUCGUUGUCGCGUCUCUCAUUGGCCGCAUCCCCAACCUCGCUGGGCUUGCUCGGACAUGCGAGGUGUUCAAGGCCAAUCGUCUGGUCCUCCAGGACACAUCGGUGGUGAAUGACAGGCAGUUCCAGCUCAUCAGUGUCACAGCGGAGAAGUGGGUUCCAUUAGAAGAGGUCCCAAUACAAGCACUGGCAAGCUACUUGGAGCAGCAACGAGCCCAGGGGUACACUCUGGUGGCACUGGAGCAGACAGCAAACAGUGUGCCCAUUCAUACCUACAACUUCCCUGCAAAAACGCUUAGCUGUCUCUCCGGAUGCGAUUUCCAACCAGACGUGGUGCAGUGUGUGAACGUGGGGUCGGACGGAGUGGCGGUGCAGUGGCGCUGUGAGGCGGAGCUUCCAUCGCACCUACAAUUCGGCCUCACCCAGGUCUCCUGCGAGGGCUUUGAUUACCCGGACGAUCCUCGCAUCCUCUAUGGCAGCUGUGGCCUGCAGUACUCCCUUGUGCCUGUGCCAGGAUCUCAGAAGAAGGAGAAGAAAAAGGGGUGGUUCAAGCAGCAAAAGAAGCAGCAUUUUCACCAGCAGCACCAGCAGCAACCAGAGCGUGAGGAGGGGUCAUGGCUGGGUCGACUGCUGACAUGGGCAAUCAUCACCUACAUCGCCAUUCUCGCGCUGCGCUCCUGCUGCUGCGGCACCUCACGCCCAUUCGGUGGAGGGCCGGCAACGGGCCAAGCAGGAGGGUACUACCCACCUCCUCCUCCGUCUCCCCCUCCUCCUCCCCCCCCCGGAUCCGACGAUUUCUGGGGAGGCCCGAAAGGUUCCGCAGGCUUUGGUGCAACGGCCCCCCCACCCCCUCAGCCAGUGCCCACAUGGGCCUCGGCAGCCACAGGCUUUGGCCGCAAACCAGAGCAGCGAGAACAGCAGGAAACCAUCUCCCGACACUUCGUCGAUCGCAGCACGACAUCAGCCAUGGCAUUUAGAGCACUCUUCCUCGCGUGCAUCCUCCUCCUUGUGUCGGCAUCCGCCUUGGCGCAGCGUGGUCCGCCUGGCGGAGGUCCUCCCGGCGGUCAGGGACGUGGGGGCGCGCGCGGAGGCCCUGGCGCCGGUUCCGGCGGUCCCAGCAGUCCUGGAGGGCCUGGUGGGAAGCCGCCGCACGGGUCUCCGCUGAACCUGACGGCCGUCGGGAAUCUGACGGCCGAUGUUGGCGCGCAAUUGGCCAACUGCUCCGCGGAUCAGACGAUCGUUGACGGCCGCUUCCACCUCGCCAUCUUCAAAAACGCCACCGGCAAUUACAACCUCCUCGUCCAGUCGCUCCUGGUCGACGCGGCGGGCAGUCCGCCCGACUCGCUCGCGAUCGUGAAGGGCGCCGUGUGCGACGCCGCCGCGACGGACGUCCUCGCGCUGCCGCUCGCCGCGGCGGACUGGCAGCAGCGCGCGGGGUGGUGGCUGCUGCACGCGGAGGCGCGCCUCGACGCGUUCCUCGAGAACGCGGACGCCGCCACUCUCGACGCGCUGCUCGCGGUGCUCCCCAACGCCUCGCUUCCGCGCACGAGUGGCGGCGGGCGCAACGGCGGAGGCAGCGCGGGGGGCGCGCGGAGCGGACAGGGUGGGAGGCGCAUGGGGCGGGAGCUGCUGAUGCGCGCAGUGGGCCGCGCUGCUAGGCAGGGGGGACAGAAUCAGGGGGGAAAGCAGCAAGGGGGAGCGCAGCAGCCGCCCGCAGGUGGAUUUUCAGGUGGUGAUGGCGGAGUGAACAGCACAGUGAGCGGGUAUGCUGUGCUGGCGGGCAGCAGCGCAGCAGGUGUGACGUGGGGCGGACAGCUCAUGGGGGCCAAAAUGCCCGCUGCUGCUGUUUAA